GUGAUUUAUUGUUGUUUGCAUGAACUUAAAAAAAUUAAAUGAUUGUAAUUUAAAGUUAAUGGAACGUAAUAAUUGAUACAAUCAUUUUAAUCAUGGAAACUUUCAUGUUUACAUGAUAAGAAUUUACAGUCUAUAAUGUCAAAGAAUCAAACUUCAUUCUGUCUCAGAUGCAUGGAAGUUAUUUUGAAGCAAUACUUGUUCUUGAUAGGUCACAUCUGUCUCCUGCUAAAGCUACAAGGCCUUUAACCAUGUUACCGGUAUACUGGUAAAAAAAACCAUGUGCAACCACAUUAUCGACAUCUUUGUAUGUACUAAAGAGGAAAAUUAUAUGUUAGCGUCAACUUCAAUUAUGUACUGCAGUUGAAACAUUGAAACCUUCGACAACAUUUUUAAUUUAUGAACAAGCAGAAAGGAAAAAGUAGACUAGUUCAGCUGCUGGCAACAGUUGUUAUCAAGCUAGUGUUCUGAACACAUGUAUUUAACGUUUCUUGUAUUUUUCGAGUCCGUAUAUUGAUAAAUUUCAUUGGUCUCAGACUAUGGUGAUAUGACACUUAUGUAUACUAGUGAUGAAAUAACAAGAGAUGGUACAAAAAUGAGGACAUUAAACUAAAAAUACAAUUAGACCCGAUAAAAUUACUCACGUGACUAUAGAAGAGAAAAGAAAAAAAGGAAAGCUAAGGCAUCUACUCUGACAAAAAGCUAAUAUAUCUCCCUCACACUCUCAAGCAUUUCUUGUGUAGUAAGGGAACGUCUCUCGAGGUUGCUAACCGAGUUAUUCAGUCUACUGUUGAGCAGAGUGCGCGAAUGACCGGCAGUCCGUUUCAUCCUACCUAAGCACCAACACACUUGAUUAAAUUCCAUUCAUUUAAAGGCAUUUUGAUUUGUGACUUAAAAUGGCGAGUGUUGAUACUGAUCUUGAAGAAUUAAUGUCCUAUAUCGGGGAGUUUGGCAAAUACCAGGGCUUUCAAUUUUCUUUACACGUGAUGAGCGGACUUUUAGCUGGACUGCACAUGCUCACGCUAGUAACUGUCGCUGCAGUACCUGAUCAUAAAUGUGUUGUACCUGGAUUACGAGAGAGUCUAGGUGGAAUAGAAUUAACAUGGGAUAACGUACCAAGAAUAAAUCAAACAUCCAUAAAUGGUACAGAUCUAACUGAAAUUGGCAUUUCUUCGAGUAAUUGUACUUAUAAAGUUUUUAAUGAAGAAGAGAAGCCUUGUACAGAAUGGGUGUAUGACCCAACAUAUUAUAAAUCAUCUCGAGCAAUUGAAUGGAAUUUCGUUUGUUCUAAUAAAUGGAAACGUGCUGUAGCCCAAUCGACUUACAUGCUUGGAGUAUUCGCCGGUGCAGUUACUUUAGGAAGUUUAGCUGAUAAGUAUGGAAGAAAAAUAAUAUUUUGUAUAUCAGGUACUGGACAAUUAGUCUUAGGUAUUCUGGUUGCUUUAAUUCCAGAAUAUUAUUCUUUCUUAUUAGUAACAUUCCUAUAUGGAAUUUUUGGAUCAGCCGGUGCUUAUAUUACUGGUUUUGUACUUACAAUGGAAUUAGUUGGACCAUCAAAAAGGACAUUAUGUGGUAUAUUGUUUCAAUUGUUAUUCGCGGUUGGAUUUGUCGUUCUGGCAUUUUGGGGAUAUAUUAUUCAAGACCGGAUGUGGCUUCAAAUAAUAUAUGCUCUUCAUAGUACAAUAUUAAUUGGUCAUUGGUGGUACAUGGAUGAAUCUCCUCGAUGGUUGUGGGCUCAAGGUCGUGCUAAAGAAGCCAUUACUAUCGUCCAAAAAGCUUUAAAGAUGAAUGGUGACAACACUCAACUGGACGUUGCUAAAUUUGUUUCUAAAAACAAGAUCAAGAGAUCAGUGCGACAAGAAGACAAAUCAUAUGGAGCAGUAGAUUUAUUUAAAACUCCAAAUUUGAGAAAAAAGUGCCUUAAUGUGUGUUUUAACUGGUUUGCUAACUCAAUUGUUUACUAUGGGUUAUCAUUAAGCAGUGAACAGCUAAAAGGAAAUCCAUAUCUUAUGCUGGCUCUCUGUGGACUAGUUGAACUCCCUAGUUACAUUUUUACUAUUUUCACAAUGGAUAAACUUGGAAGACGUUGUUUAGUCAGUUCUUUUAUGAUCAUAGGAGGUCUCUGUUGUAUUGUUGCAGCUUCUAUUCCCGAAUCUCUACCUGGUACUGAAACAGUCGUCACCACAGUUGCCCUGUUUGGUAAAUCUUGUAUUGCCAUUUCAUUUGCUGUUAUUUAUAACUAUACUGCUGAGCUCUUCCCAACUGUUGUGAGAAACACUGCUAUUGGUAUCGGUUCUAUGUGCUGCAGACUCAGUGGUGCUCUCACACCUUUAUUAUUACUUUUGGAUGUACUUGAUCCACGAGUCCCCGCAACAAUAUUUGGAUUAGUGGCCUUAAUUUCUGGAUUUACCUCACUCUAUCUUCCUGAAACAGUCGGUCAACCGAUGCCUGAAACUCUCGAAGAUGGAGAGAAAUUUGGUAUUGGAGACACAUGUUUUACAACUUGUCUUGGACGAAGAGAUAAUAACAAAGACGUUAUGCUUGAUACUGUUAAUGAUAAAGCCAGUGAAUGACAAAAGACUCAGUGAUAUUAAUAUUUAUACUUAAUUAUUUUUUUAUCAUGCUGUUAUUUUUUUUUAAAUAUACAUCUCACUUGUGUUAUGAAAAUUGAUAUAUUUUAAUAUUAAAAUUUUAUAGCAUGGUAGACAUACAGAUCCUGAUUCAAAUUUUUGAUCAAUCGAAUGUGAAGGUGUCUACUAAGGAUAGUAACAGUAUUUUAUAAAAUUUUUCGUUGAAACAUAAGACCUCAAAGGAUUUAGUACUCUAAUGAAUUGAAAUAUGUGAUUCAUUUUGUUUUUUAUUAAGAUCACAAAAUAAUUUAGGCAAAUUGUAUUUUUAAUAUUAAUCCAUGAGUACUUAUUAUGAUCAUAGAAUCGAUUUUAAAAUUGAUAAAACUUGUGUAAAGAAAUGUAUAUAUAUAUAUAUAUAUAUAAAGUACAUAUUUUCAA